AUGACAAACUUCUCCUACUUGGCCUCUGCCUUUAUGCUUGGCAGUCCCUUCGCUUCUGGGGAUCACACUUGGGUACCCAUUCGUAGUCUUAAAGGUAGCAAAGAGAAAAAAGCAGGUGGAGCUCGCGGGAAUGAAGGUACGCCUACGAAAGCCAAAAGCGGUCGAGACGUCAACGUUGUCAAUCCAGCCGAAAGCUAUCAGCAACAUUAUCUGGUCGGACUUUUAAAUUAUCCCAAUUCUAAUAUUCCCGAUAUUCUCAAGGAUGUUACGAGUGGAACCAAGGACAUCCCUGGCGGUCCAUACAACUACGUUCCAAGUGUUGGCUUUUCCGACAUUGAGUUCUAUUACGACAAAGAAGGCAGCGCUGUUCGGGGCGAAUACUUGUGUCUGUCCGACAAUGGUUUCGGAUCGUCGGACAAUUCGGAAGAUUACGCACUCAAUAUUGUGCAUAUGAAGAUCCAAAAGCCAUUUACUUACCGACACGGAGAAUCAACGUUCGAAACGUACACCGAGACAGAGAAUCUCGAGACGCUGCUGAUUCACGAUCCUCACGCUUUCAUCAAGUGGGAAAACGGCGCCGAUAUCCAGGUCACCUACGCAGUUCCCGACUCUACUUGGGACGAAUACAAGAGACUUCGUGUACUGACUGGUCGCGAUUUCGACGUGGAGGGUAUGGCGGUGAUUAACCACUCCUGCGCUAUUGUUGGUGACGAACUCAUGCCGGCCAUUUUUGCCAUAGACCCGAGCACCGGUAUUGUCCAAUCCAACUUUGUACGUACUCCGGAUAUCCACCGUCACGGUCGUUUCAACGGAAAGUUCCUUUCAACGCGUGGCGACAAAGUUCACUGCAGCCGAGAGGAUUUGGAGGCCAACACGUGCUCCUCGGUAGCUUCGGAAGUGGUGGAGGCGUCGGAAUAUCGCAAACACGAUCCUUCCGGUGGAUUUGAAGGCUUUUCGGUCUUGGCCGACGGCUCCAUUGCGGCAUUUUUAGAAAAGACUACAGGAGACUCGACUCUGGGGGAUGAACCCGGCGUCCGCGUUUACCGCGUAGACCCUGGAGAUUGUACCAAGGAUCACCCGCCCCGGUUUGAUGAAUUUCUGGGAUACUAUCCGUUUGAACUCAACGGAGAAAAUAUUGCCGACGUUUCGGCCAUUCCCGGAUCGAGCUCAAAGGUCGUCGUGAUUGAGCGGAACGGCUUUCCGUCGGGAUACUUCUUUCCUUCUCCGGUCAUGCCGGCCAACAAGGUGUGCGUGGUGGACCUGUUGGACACUGACAACGAUAUGGUGAUGCGCAACAAGAAAUGUGUGCUCAACUAUCACGACAUUAGUGACCCGUGGGAUGUGGACGGCAACGGCAUCUUCAAGUACGCUCAGACGCAGGUGACCAAUGAGCAACUCAUUGUGGUGGACGACUACUGUGUUGUAGCGGGCACGGACACCAAUUUUCCUUUUACCGACCAGUUUGGAGUGGAAGGCGUCGUGGAGGUCCCGUUCCAGCAAGAAGUUACAGACACUCGAUUUAUGGUGGUGUGCUUUCUCGAGCCAAUUUUCCACGCGGACUACCCAAUCUUGGAGUAGGUAGAAAGGUAGGCAGUGAGGGCGACGGGCUACUAUUGAUUGGCAAAAGUGGAAAGUCUUUUUUGUACAGUGCUGGCAGGUAACGUCUACUGUAGUGAUUCAGGUGAAUAAUACUUCAAUUUGUGUGAGCAUUUUUCGGUUCGUGUACCAUGGCGUGAAAGUAAAAGUCGUCGGGUUGUUCCGUCACGUUUUCCGACUGGCGCUGGCCUUGAUGAUUGGGUCG